AUGCCUCCCGCCAGCGACACCCUUGAUCAAAAUGCGACCGCCGGUGCCGCGUCGAAAGACACGCCCGAGAGCGCCGUAACCGACUCGAAGGAAAAUGCACCGGCCGUUGCGGCUCCACCAGGGGCCAGCGCUGAGGUGCUGAACCUCUUGGCGAAAGCGCAGGAGGAAAUGGGGCCCGACGCGGCGGCAAAAAUGCUCCAGAUGCUUUCCCUGCAGCAACAGCCAAAAAGGAGGGUCUGCGCGGAGUCUCGAGAGGCACCAAAAGACAAGCCGCACGCAUUUUGGGAUACGCAACCAGUAUAGAAUGUUGUUUUUGUUUGCAAAGGUCUUCGGGUUCGGUUACUUGCACGGUACCAGGAUGGUUUCUUGCCUUGUCGCUCUACUAGUACAAUAGUUUUCCACCCGCCAAGCUGUUCCAUCAUUUUUCCAGGUUCCGAAGCUAGCCGAGGAAGACCUCGCAGCGGAUGGCGAAACUGGGCCGCUGCAGGAGCAGAACGUGAGCGACGUGCGAAAAACGCCACUGCCUCUACCCGAAUCCUUCGAGUGGUACACGGUGGACAUCAUGGACGAAGCUGACGUACUUUGCGUUCCUCAUGCUGCAUUUGAAUCAUCUCUCGCAGUUUCAGUCUUUAUCUUUACUUUGCAACGGCAGCGGGUCUUUUUCUAUAUCAUGUACCAUGCACCUGGUAUUGGUAACAAAAUAGAACAAGAAAUACUUGAGAAGUAGGGAGGAAGCAAAUUCGGCAUGACAAAACAGGCUGACGAAGUGUAUACGCUGCUGUCCCAGAAUUACGUGGAGGACGACGACAGUAAAAAAAGUUUUGAAGUUGUUUUUACCUUAAGUUUUUGAAGAUGAACAUGAAAGUUUAUGUGGCUCACGCUCUAUGUGGGACCUUCCUCCCUGACCUUGCCUGUAAAAACCAGGGCGUAAGUAGCGUGGCGAUUGAAGAACAAAACCUAUCUCAACACCAGGCACUUUCCGUUUCGACUACAGUCGUGAGUUUCUGAGAUGGGCGACCACACCCCCGCACUACCGAAAGCACUGGCACAUUGCCUGCCGGGUGAAGGCCACGAAGAAGUUCGUCGCGUUCAUUUCUGGAAUCCCUGCGAAAAUGCAGGUCUGUGGGAAGCCAGUUGAGGUAUUGUGCAAAUUGCAUUAAAAUUUUACCACAAGUUGAAGUUCUUUGAUGUAGUUGCGUGUCUUGCUUUACCAAAACAGAAAUGCGAAUGUCAUGUAAAGCUAAAGAUUUUUAAGAUCCAUCUAACUGAACUCAACAGGUCGCGGAAAUCAACUUUUUGUGUGUCCACAAGAAGCUGCGAUCGAAACGCAUGGCCCCUGUAUUGAUCAAGGAGGUCACAAGGCGAGUGAAUUUGGAGGGCGUUUGGCAGGCGGCUUAUACCGCCGGAGUAGUGCUACCAAAGCCUGUCGCGUCCUGCAGGUGAGCGACAUCCUGGGAUCAUAUCGAAAGCACGAAUUGCUUAUUUCAUUUUGUUCAUUGUUUGUUGGAUUUUUUCUCUGGUGUUUCAAAAGUACUCGUUGCAUAUCUACGGCACGACACCAGGCAUGAGACUUGAGCCGCAAAAUCAUAUCAGGUACCACCACCGUAACCUGAACCCGAAGAAGCUGAUCGAGUGCCAGUUUUCGCACUUGCCGCAGCGCAUGACCAUGUCUCGCUACAUCAAGUUGAUGGCGCUCCCGGGUCAGCAUCAACUGGACGGCUUCCGAAAAAUGGAGGAGCGCGACAUUCCGCAGGUGCAGAAAUUGCUGGCGGAAUACCUCGCAAAGUUCAAGCUCUACCCCUGCCUCGACAAGUCCGAGGUCGGACACUGGAUCUUGCCCAGGGACAAGGUGAUUUACGCGUAUGUGCGCGAGCAAAAGCAGGGAAAAGUUACCGACGUCUUCUCCUUCUACAACCUGCCAUCAUCGGUGUUGGGACACGAAAAGUAAAUUUUUCUUUUGAUGUGUUGCAAUGCUGAACAGAAUCAUCCAAUCAGAAACUAAACCGUUUCGUUGUCAUUAUCAGAUUGAGAUACGGCCGCGCGAACCAAGCAAAUAAGUACUUUGUCAAACUGAAACCCUUCCCACAGGCACAAAACCCUAAACGCGGCGUAUUCCUACCUGAAUGUUGCAACAACGUGUACGUGGCCGCAGUUAAUGACAGAGGCCCUGAUCCAGGCGCGACUGAACGACUUCGACGUCUUUAACGCCCUCGACGUCAUGGACAACAGCGAGUUUUUAACCGAACUGAAAUUCGGUCGCGGCGACGGCUACCUGCAGUAUUACCUGUUCAACUACCGCAUGCCGAAAUUGAAAUCCGAAGAAGUCGGCCUGGUCUUGCUGUAGGAAGGAACCGAUAGCGAUGUGAUUUUCAUUCGAAAUCGAAUUAGGUCUCAACACGGCGAAUCAAGAAGAGGAAUUUAGACUUCUCACAUGCGGUUUCUGCUUGUUCGCGCCUGGCAAAGCAACCAAGUUGGAUCGCAAUGUUCGCCAUUUGUCAUGUCUAUAGACAAUUUUCAUACAAGCGACACCAUAUUCAUUGCUGAAAGUAGGAUAUUUUUGGCUUCAUAUUUAAGACGACACGUGUUACACGCACAACGAU